CGCCCAAUCCGGAGAGAGCGCAGGUAAGGGCCUGACCAAUCAGAGAAGAGGAGGGCUUCGGCGCACAACAAGGGGCAGAACAGCCAAUCAGAAGGUGAGACCGGCUCGCCGUGUGGGCAAGGCGGGCCAAUCAGCCCCUAGCUUGGGGGGCGUGUUGAACUUUUGGUGGGAGCUUUGGUUUUGCGGGGACCUGCGCGGAGUGAAGACUUCCUCAGUACUCUGAUCACGCCCGGGGUCUGCAGGUGCCUGGGCUCCCGUUAGAGUGCGUGCUCGAAGAGGGGAGGCAACCUCGGCGCGUUGGGGUCUGAAUUCAUCUACUCUUAGUUAUGCGAGUAAACAGGCCAGAGACUCAAGGGAAAUUUAUUUUCUUUGUCCUUUUUACUGACCGGCAACAAAGACAGAUCACACAAGACGGACGACCUUUCUAUUAAAGGUGGGGGAGGGAAAUCCCGGGGCGGGGCGCACAAGUCAGCCCCCCAAGAUGCUUAAUGGGACGGAAGCUUCAGUUCAGCUCAGUCGCUCAGUCCUGUCCGACUCUUUGCGACCCCAUGAAUUGCAGCACACCAGGCCUCCCUGUCCAUCACCAACUUCCGGAGUUCACUCAAACUCAUGCCCAUCGAGUCGGUAAUGCCAUCCAGCCAUCUCAUCCUCUGUCGUCCCCUUCUCCUUCUGCCCCCAAUCCCUCCCAGCAUCAGGGUCUUUUCCAAUGAGUCAACUCUUCGCAUGAGGUGGCCAAACUACUGGACUUUCAGCUUCAGCCAUCAGUCCUUCCAAUGAACACCCAGGACUGAUCUCCUUUAGGAUGGACUGGUUGGAUCUCCUUGCAGUCCAAAGGACUCUCAAGUUAGUGCUGAAUUGAUGCGUAAUUGAAAUUAAGAGACUCUGUCCCUCAUUUCAUUUGGUUAACACUGAUUUAGUCACAUUUAUGCUGCUUAAUGAGGCAUCUUGGAAGCAAACACCUAUACCUCAGUUUUCGCAAAACAUUCCUCUCAGUGUCCUACAUGGGGUUGCAUGAAUUAACCAGGCCUUACCGCCCACCUCUCCCUCUCCUACCCUCACUAUCUCUCUGGCUAGAUUGCAGUGCUUACAGUCUAGAUAAGGUGCCCGGCCCUUCUUGUCUACUGUCCUUUGCAUAUGCUGUUCCUUCUGCCUGGAAUGCAUCACUUCUGCCCUCCUCUGCCUGGCCAAGUCUGGCCCAGAUGUCUGAUCUCACUUACAGGUUUCCAUGGCCAGGAAAGGGGCUUUCACUGGGCUCCCACCGUUGCAUCCCCUCUCCUACCCCAACACUGACCACUGCUGGACUGUAAUUGAAUAGAAUUUGUGUCCUGCUGGUGUGUGAAAAUAGUAUAAAUCUUAAUUAUGUUGAUUUGGUUGAUAGUGCUUUUCAGGUCUACUAUAUCCUUCUACUUUUUCUGUCUAUUCAUUCUAUUAAUUUUUGAGAGUUUGAUAUUGAAACUCAAACUAAAAAUCUAUCUACUUAAAAAUAAUUGUAAUAUAUAGUGGAACUAUAUGUAACUUUGUUCUAUAUUUCCCAAGUCUCCUGUAAAUGUGUUAUCAUACUUUGAUAAUUUAAAAAAUCAAAAAGAAAAAAUGUAUGUAUAAUAUAUAUGAAACAGGAAACUGUGAUACAUAACUUAAGGAAAAAUUGACCAAUAAAACUGAUCCGGGAAGGUCGUGAGGAAGCAGCGCGCAGUUUGCAGCCGUCAUUUCUUCCGCCUUCAGUCUCUGGAUCUUUUGUAGAGCUUCCAACAGCGCUAUGUUGGGACAGAGCGUCUGGAGGUUCACAACCUCUGUGGUUCAUCGGAGCCACUAUGAGGAGGGACCAGGGAAGAAUAUACCAUUUUCAGUGGAAAACAAGUGGAGGUUACUAGCUAUGAUGACUUUAUUCUUUGGGUCUGGAUUUGCUGCACCUUUCUUUAUAGUAAGACACCAACUGCUUAAAAAGUAAUCCAUGAGACAGAUAGGAAGAGGAACAUAUUAAGAGGUGCAAUCUCUUUAAAGGAUCAAACCCUUGAACUCAGCAUCCUAGAGAUGUUUGUAAAUAAACUUACGGCAUACAUCCUUAACACCUCUUCUCUGAAAUAUGGAAUGUGAUAAUUGAACACGUGCUUACAUUUUAUUUGGGUAAUAUUGCAUUACUAGUUUCUUAAUUAAAUAUGUAUUUGAUUUUUAAAAAAAUAAAACUGAU